CUGCUGCUGCUCCACCGCGGACACCUCCACCACUGCAGCCCGGCCAUGACCUCCAACAACAACACCACCGCCUGCUUCACGUGAGGAACUGGCGGAUUUACUUCACCUUACGGAUAAAUAACAGUGGAUUUCCAAGUGAAUCUGUGACUGUCCCACUCCGCUGUGCCCCGGGAUAGAAGCGGACCAUGGCGGAGCGCAGUGGCCGGCUGAGCUUCCCCGGGAGUGGGGCUCUGAACCGUCCCGUGCCCAUGAACCUGUUCGCGACCUGGGAGAUAGACGGAUCAUCCCCCAACUGCAUCCCGAGGUUGUGCAGUUUGACUCUGAAGAAGCUGGUAGUUUUGAGGGAACUGGACAAGGAGCUCAUCUCUGUCGUCAUCGCCGUCAAAAUACAGGGCUCCAAGCGCAUCCUGAGGUCCCAUGAGAUAGUGCUGCCCCCCAGUGGUUCGGUAGAGACUGAUCUGGCCCUGAACUUUUCGCUGCAGUACCCACACUUCCUGAAGCGAGAGGGGAACAAGCUGCAGAUCAUGCUUCAGCGGAGGAAAAGGUACAAGAACCGGACGAUACUGGGAUACAAGACUCUGGCCCUGGGCUCCAUCGACAUGUCUGAGGUCAUGCAGCACCCCACUGAAGGGGGGCAGGUGCUCCCUCUGUGCAGUAAUCAGAAGGAGAUGUUGGGGAAAGUGGCCGAAAUCUGGAUUUUCUCUCUGUCUAGUCAGCCCAUCGACCAUGAGGACUCAGCUCUGCACUCGGGACAGAAAAUCAAAUGCUCUGAUAAUUACUCAGAAGAGGAGUAUGAGAGUUUCUCCUCAGAACAGGAGGCCAGUGAUGAUGCCGUUCAGGGACAGGAUCUUGAAGACGAUGAGUAUGAAGUGAGGAAAACAAAGAAACAGAGACGGUCUAUUGUGAGGACGACUUCGAUAACAAGACAGCAGAACUUUAAGCAGCGAGUGGUGGCUCUCCUCAAGCGGUUCAGGGUGUCUGACGAGGUUUUGGACUCAGAGCAGGACCCCGCUGAGCCUCCUCCUGAGGUGGAGGAGGAGGACCUGGAUCUGGACAGUGUGGAGUUUGAAAACCCCAGCGACAGUGGACCAGAGCUGGACGACGACGACAGCGUCCUCAGUACACCCAAACCUAAACUCAAGCCAUAUUUUGAGGGUCUGUCCCUUUCCAGCUCCCAAACAGAAAUUGGCAGCAUCCACAGCAGCAGGAGCCACCGAGAGCCCCCCAGCCCUCUCGACCCAGAUAAAGCUAAAAGCAGUGGAGCCAAGUUUCAGGAAGACGCUGUGUCGGACAAUGCCCCCUUUGAACCCCCAGAAGCUGUUACUCCAACCACAGAAUUAGAAAUGGACAACAUGGACACCUUUCUAGACAGACUGCCCCCUAGUGGCAAAAUGACCAAGACUGAGUCCCUUAUAAUUUCAUCCAACAGGCAGGAACCAAAGUUGGCUGGUAGAAGAGGUAGGAGCACCUCUCUAAAGGAGAGGCAACCCAGCAGACCCCAGAACGAAAGAGCCAACAGUCUGGACAAUGAGCGUUCCAUGGACACACGGUGCCACCUGCAGAUCCCAAGAAAGACUGUAUACGACCAGCUGAACCACAUCCUCGUGUCAGACAACCACCUCCCGGACAGUAUCAUCCUCAUCAACACAUCCGACUGGCAGGGACAGUAUCUGUCAGACAUGCUCCAGAACCACCACCUCCCUGUAGUUUGCACAUGUACCACGGCCGACAUCCAGGCUGCGUUCAACACCAUCGUCUCAAGAAUACAGAGAUUUUGUAACUGUAACUCGCAGACACCCAUCCCUAUAAAGAUUGCAGUGGCUGGAGCCCAGCACUACCUCAGCUCUGUCCUGAGGCUUUUUGUGGACCACCUGUCGCACAAGACCCCAGACUGGCUCGGAUACAUGCGCUUUCUCAUCAUCCCCCUGGGUGCACAUCCUGUCUCUAAAUAUCUCGGCACAAUAGACUACAGAUAUAACAGUUUGUUCCAAGAUGCCGCCUGGAGAGAUCUGUUUCACAAACCUGAAGCUCCUUUAGUUGUGCAGGAGAGUCCGGAUGUGGUGUCGAGGGUGACCCAGUACAUGGUGGGGGCCAAUGGGGCUCACCAGCUCCCCAUCGCAGAGGCCAUGUUAACCUACAAACAGAAGAGGAAAAAGAGCUUUCAUUUUGAUUUUGCAGUAAGCCCUGAUGAAGACUCCUGUCAGAAAUUCAUUCCUUUCAUUGGAAUGGUGAAAGUCGGUAUUGUGGAACAAGCGUCAGCAGCAUCAGGUGACUCAGAUGAUGCCACGCCCUCCUCGCUGCUCUCCUCCACUCCUCCUCAGGUUUCCCCUGCACUCAAAGAGGCCACGCCCACUCCACCCUCAUCCCCCUCAGUCAACACCAGCUUCUAUGCCUACAGUAGUGCUCAGACGGAGGUGAUGGGUCUACAGGUGGAUUACUGGCAGGCUCCAUCAGAACGAAAAAAAGACGUGGAGAAGCGUGACUCUUCCGCCAAAAACACUCUUAAGUGCAAUUUCCGCUCGCUGCAGGUCAGCAGGCUCCCUCUAGGGGGCGCUGAGGCAAGUCCCUUUCCCACUAUGUCCAUGACAGUGGUCACCAAGGAGAAGAACAAAAAGGUGAUGUUUCUGCCAAAAAAGAGCAAAGACAAAGAGAUGGAGCCCAAGAGUCAAGUGAUCGAGGGCAUCAGUCGACUCAUCUGCACAGCCAAACAGCAGCAAACCAUGUUACGAGUGCUGAUUGACGGAGUGGAGUGGAACGAUGUCAAGUUUUUCCAGUUGGCGGCGCAGUGGUCGUCUCAUGUCAAACAUUUUCCCAUCGGGAUCUUCGGACACUCGAAAGGCCCAUACUAACAUCGAGAGCAGAGACUAGCGCCCCCUAUGGACACCUCCCCUCAUCCCUGUGCCAACGUCUCCCUAACCUCCCCUGUCUUAAUUUAAACUCCCGCUUUGUGCAAUUGUCUUAUUAUUUAAUCUUUUGUGUGUAUUUUUAAUUUUGUAUUUAUGUAAAAAAAAAAGUUCACAAGGCAAAGCUGCCAAGUGAGUAUUUCUUUAUCUUGCUUUUUAAAAGACGGCUACUGAUGUUUUAUAAAAAAUAUUGUAUACAAAAUAAUACUUUAACAAACAAAAUGGACACUUGGGUUUCAACUCGCUGCCAUCUUGGACAGAAGAUAAUUUGGUGACAUUUGAUUUAAGCACUUGGUCAGCACAAAAACCUUAACAACUGGGAACUGCCUUGGAAAAAUUAGAAAACACUUUGUCCACCAAUGUUAUGAUCCAACCUCAUACAGUCUGGACCCAGUGUUUAGGAUUGUUAGAAGGAAAAAUAACUUUGAUCCUCUGCUUGUAUCAAAGAAGUGUAAAGUGCAAUGGACUGAUCACUGUAAGGAUGUUUUACAGUUACUUGGCAACAGUUUACAGAGUAUUUUUAUUGUGAACUACAAAGGUUGUGGCAGCAUCUGGUGGUAAAAAUACUGUUCCAUACCUCACCGUCAUCCUUCACAGAACAAAUGCUUUAGCCAUGCCAGGACUGUAUCUGAGCUCUCUCAACAGACUUUUAUUCAAGAUUGGAUGUUAUUCAAAAGAGUCUGAAAGAAUAUGAUUCGCUUCAUUCUUUCCAAGAAAGAUUAAAGACAUAGGCAGUGAGUGAUGUGGAUACUUUUUCUGCCUUAAGUGUCUUGUGAGUGACACUGCUUGGCCAGGUGCCUUUUGGUGUCUCUCAAUUGGGUCUUUGGGCCGACACAAAUUCUUCACUUUCCAUUGAGAAACUUUAUUUCAAGUACGGUACUACAAAAUUUCCUGUCAUUCUGCAUUCUCAAUCCAGCAAACAGGCCUAUGCCUUUUCAGAGCCUUCAGAGUAGCAGAGAGAGUUUGGACAUGAUAAUAGCCACACACAAAAUAUAUUAUAUUGUCCUAGUUCUAACACUCCACUUAUUUUUGCAGAUAUUUUAAACUCCGUGGUAUUAUGGACAUGUUCCUGCAAUAGAGGUGAAUGUAUUGAAGGAAGCUUAUCGUAAAGCACUUUUUAAUGUUUGCUUGUUGGUAGGAAGUACUGACCUAAAUGUAACUGUAUUUCUUAGUUAGACCAGUGGUUCUCAAACUGUGGUGUAGGUAUCACAGACUGUACAUGGACUUCUUCUGGUGGUACACAAAUAAAAGUUUAGAUUUAGAUUAUUUAGAGUUAUGGUUUAGUCCUGACUCAUCCCUGAUUUUCUCCCAUUUAGACUUAAUCCUGAUGCCCUGGUUCAAUCCUUUUUAGUCCUGGUUUAGAUCUAAAAAAAAAAAAGGUGCUGAAUAAGAACUGUACUGAUAUUGACAAACACAGGCAGACUUGAUGUUUGAGGACCAGUAGCGUACAACAACAGCACAUAACAGCUAUUAGCCCUAUGUCCUUAGUGCUUUGUAAGCUAUCUUCUCUUUGGACUAGUUAAACUUUUAGCAAGCUUAGUUUAGGCUGUGGAUGUGUUGUCUAUAGAUAUUAUCUUAAUGUUGAGUUAUUUAUGUGUAAAACUACUUGUAUUUUCAGUAUUUUGCUUAUACCUGAUUGUCAUGAAACAGCAGCUUCACUUCUUUGCCAACUACUUAAUAAGUGCCUAAAUUGCUUAAGUUUGACAAAUCAUUUUAUCAACAAAACGGUGCUGGUUGUGGUCAGAAAAAAAAAAUCUGUUACAGUACAAUUAAAUAUCAUGUUUAUCCACCCGCCUAAGGCCCAUAGGUGGGGCUGAAACAAUAGAGAAUGGUUUUGAACAUUAUGGCCUGCUAUUGUACACCAUUUGUCCCUGUGUAGGAGGUAUUUUAAAUGUUUUGGUUUUCAAUGUAUCAAAAAAGGCUUGUUCAAAGUUCCCCAAAGACUACCACUGUAAUCCCAUAAAACUGGGAAUAAUAAAACUACUAUACACACUAC